AUGCGGUGGGACGACCUGCAGUGGGGAACCACCUUGCUCGUAUGGAUACUGGCAUACUGCCAAGUAGGGCAGGCCAUGCGUCCUAGUGUGGCAUGGUAUACCUCCCUGAGAAACCACGCAGGGCCGCGGCUUCUGCCUGAUGAAGCACCCACACCCACACCUUCCAACGCGACGUACCAGCUGAACACGCUCGAGCAGCCUCUCGAUCACUUUGGGUCAUCGACACAGACGACCUUCCUCCAACAUUAUGCGUUAUGGAUGGACGAUUUUCAUGCAGGCAGUGCCCUACGAACCAAAACACCCGACGGUCGAGAAAUCGUGCCUGUGUUCGUACACGAUACGGGCGAAUCGACACUUGCUCAAGAAGCGCAGCACUACAAUUCUACCAUCCUCAAGACCCUGGCCAGCAAAACAGGUGGCAUUGGGAUCUUUCUAGAGCAUCGCUAUUAUGGCCAGUCGCAGCCUCGGUUGUCAGACCUAGGCAAUGCCACGACGUGGGGUGUGGACCAGCUACAAUGGCUUAACCUCGAACAAUCGUUGGAAGACUCUGUGCAAUUUUUGCAAAAGGUUCAGCUGCCUGACCUACCACCGAAUGCUGACGUCCGUUUUCUGUAUCAUGGCGGCUCGUACGCGGGUGGUCGCGCGGCGUUUCUACGUACUAGGCACCCAGACCUCGUCUUUGGCGCCAUUAGUACGUCGGGCGUGGUUGCACCAACGGUGGAACUGCCAAACUACUAUUACUCUAUUGUGGAAAAUUCUGAUCCUAUCUGCAUGCAAAAUCUCCAAGCAGCCAUCGGUGAAAUCGAUCAAGUUAUCACACCGGAUCCUAGGAAGGGCUCGAAUCAAACGGAUUUGGACACCGCCAAGGUGGCUGCUUUGCUGCACUUGUUUGGCUUGACUGAUGAUGUGGAUUUGACCGACUUUGCGAACGCUCUUACGGCACCACUUAGUGCUUUCCAGAUGCAGACAUGGCAAGCUGACCGACCUGAAUCACCAUGGAAUGUAUUUUGUGAUACGAUGAAGAAUGCCUCAUUGGCCGGCAUGAUCAAAGCGGACUUUAUGCAAGAUUGGGUCACACUAGGAAAUGUAAGUGAUGGCCUCCUGAGCUACAGCGCGUAUUUCCGUUCUGUGAUGAAUGGCGAAUGCCAAGGGAAAGAUCUGACAGCAUGUGUACAAGCACGGCCAGAUGAGUUCCGCGAUGAUCAGGGACAGCUCUCAGCCAACAAAGCGUGGUACUACCAGACAUGCACGGAAUACGGUCUGUUCCAGACGGCGCCGCCUAUGCCAGACGUUACAGCCUCGCCACCCCACUUGUCCGGCCCGAAAAUCGUAUCGUCACGUUUAGAUGUAAACUAUUCACAACAACUUUGUCAACGUGGCUUUACACCUGGACAAAAGGCUACCAUGCCACCUUAUCCCAAUGUAACCAAAGUGCUACAAUACGGCAAUGUCCACCUGGCCUACGACCGCCUAGCCUUUAUCAACGCACAACGUGAUCCAUGGCUCCCAGUGACUGUGCACUCAAAUGAGUAUGCAUUUGGCGGUGCACGCAAUAGCACAACCAUGCGUCCUUUCCUUUUCAUCCCGGACUGCUGGCAUACGUGUGAUUGGAUUAUCAAUACGGAUCUGGCGAACGAGCCAGACAACGUCAAGAGUGUACAACAGACCGAGCUCCAAUUUGUACAGGAAUGGCUAAAAGCGUAG